CAACCUUUCCGGCUUUUGUAGAAUUAGCUGAUGCACUGAUCAAGUCUUUUUCUCACUAAUCUUAACUUUGAUGCUGUUUCAGUAUGGCUGCGGGAGCUAACUCUGGCUUAUACGAUAUGCUGCAAGAAUACAUGCUGGAAAACGAGAACCUCAGAACAAGGAACGUAGAACUUUUUCAAAGUCGCGAAGAAGUUUCAAGACAACAAAUGGUUUUGUCAAGAGAAAAUGAUCGAUUGUCCAAGAAGUUGGAGGAGCUAGAGAGAGUGAUCGUAUCAUCUCCUAUGUCCCUACGGACUUUAUCUGGCGUGGAGUUGUUGAGAGGUGUCGAACGGACCAGUUCUCUCCCGGAGGAGCGUUUUAUGAGUACGAUCCCAGUCCACUCUCCCGGUGCGCACCCACCGCAAGACGCAUCAGAGCUGCAAUCGGGCCAUUUCGAAAGAAGGAACUCUCUGCCAAUUCAGUCCAAGGAUCGACGACGAUCGGGGUCUGAUCUACCCCCAAACUUUGGGUUAACGAGAUUCCCGCCAAUUCAAAACAGACCUUACCCCAACUAUGUCGGGCAAGGCGGCUGGCAGCAGGUACCGGAGACGCAGCACACACCUCAAGAAGUGGUUUCUGUAUCAAAUAGGGUUCACCAAAGAGCACAGCAGGUUCGAACCAUCUCAGACCCUCCACACAAGCAAAAAUCUACAGCCAGCACAAAGAAAAGAUCUGGGUCAACCUCCGAUCGCCCUCAAAAAGUUGCUAACAGCUACGCUCGAAUGUUUGCCGUUCUAAAAGAAAAGAAAGCUAAAGAAGCAAAGGAAAAUGAAGGCAAAAACACCACAGUUAAUGAUGCAAAUCAAAAACCUGGUGCGAUGGAAAACCGAAAUCCUCAAAUAUUAGUCGAUGGAAUGAAUUACAGUGGUCAACCAAAUGGUGGCUGGCCUGUGGAAAAUGACGUGCAGUCAGGUUACAACCCUGCACUGGCUGAGCAUCGCCAGUUAGCCGAACGUACGAGGCAAGAACUACAACAGCUGGACUCUCAAAUAGAAUACCACAGAUUUAUGACCCAGAACAGAUACAAUAAUAAUCCACCCAGCUGACAGCCGGUCAUCGCAUAGCACUCUUACACCACAUCAUACGUGAACAUAUUACUAGAAACAUGUUGGGGGGCGAAUUGGGAAAAAAUGAGAGCUUUUAAAUUUCCCUAAGUUAUGGAUAAUUUAAUGGGAAUAAAUCAUUUUCGCUUGCAAAUGAGGAAGGAAUGAAAAGUAUUGUAAAGCUUUUAGGAAAGUUUUCAUUUGAAUAUUUUGGAGUUAUAUCAUUAUUUACUGAAUUAUAUUUCCAGACGUACCUUAUAUCGCCGUUGUACAUAGGGAAUCUUCUAAAAGAGUUAAGAUAUUAAGCUAAUGAAAGAUUUAUUUGAAGAUUAAAGAUUUAAACUUGUCUUUGAUGGAUUUUUUUAAUUUCUCCGUUGCACUAAGAUUAGCGGCAAACGAAAUAAUUCACUAGUCUAGCUGGUAACUUAUGCGUUUAAUUCAAAGCGUUUUCUCAGCGGAGCCAAGGAUGGAACCUUAAUCAAACAACUCGAGCCCGGGAAUGCAGGCCACAAAAGGAUGACAUUAAAAAAUCAGCAAAGGAAGAUAAAAAUUUAAAUGCGGAGGCUCCAUUCACAUGUAAAGAUUCCGAACAAAAUAGCACACCACAGGGUUUGAGAUAAAUAUCGAGUUCUAAUCGCAAAUUUUUUACGAAACUUUUAAAUUUAAAGAGGAUUACAAUGUCACCAGAAUAGAUUCCCUUUAAUAGAGUGGUGCAAUAUCAGUGCUUGGAUGAGAGGAGAAAACAAAGAUUUCGUUCCAGUUAAAAGCCAACAUAUGGACAAGACAUUAAAGUUCAUUAAUUAGUAUAUAAAGCAGCAAGAAUGAUG